AUGUCCUACCGCCAGCGGCGUUGGGCCGAGUACAUUAGUAGAUUUGAUCACUCCAUUACAUAUGUCAAAGGCAAGUACAACCUCGUCGCAGACACGCUAUCCCGAUACUACAAGUACGAUAGACCUGGCGAGACGCACCCAGAUUACUGGUAUGUGAAUAUGGACGUGCACUUUGACCCGGCCGGGGAUGAAGCAGUGGAGAGCCGGGACCUCAAGGCUGAGAUGCUUGCGUCUGCAGGCUCGUCGGAGUUUGAAAUGACACCGCCGGAUGAUGUGCCCACUGUGGGCACGUCAGCAGCUCAAGGGCUGAUCAGUCCCCAGAUGUUCAGCCAGUAUGCUGAAUAUCUGGCCGCAGUAAAACAGAACUAUGGUAUGGACUCACUAUUUUCCAAGGUCAUUGCGGCCCCUAAGGAGCACCCGCAAUUCGAGUUACGGGAAGGGACAGUAUACACCUGUCACGGGUCAAUCAUCGCCGACCAUUGCCUACUAUCCCCAACUGUCCUCCGACGUCUCCUCCGCUCUUCGCCGCUCAUUUUCCCACGGCCCUCCGACGGAUCUCCAGUGGACUUUUUGUAUCUUUGA